AAUCCUGGUAAAGGCAUUUACUCGUGUGAUGAGCAUGAAUAUUUGUUCCUGAGUCAUGGAUGUUUUCUAUGUAUUUAAGUAUUUAUAAAUAUGGAUAUAUCGUUGUCUAAGUGUCCCGCAACACAAGCCUUAUUGAGCUUACCGUGGGACUUAGUCAAUUUGUGUAAUAAUGUCCUAUAAAAUAAAAUAAAAAUACUUUUUAUCAUGUAAGUCAAAUCAAAUUAAGGACACGUACCUAGUGACUAGCUUUAAACUAAAAUAAUGUCACCAAUUAACAACAAACCAACUAAUUUACGAACAAACAGUCAUCCGAUAUUGUAUUAAUUUAACACUCCACCGCUCCCGGGUUCAAUCCCCGAGGCUAUGGCAAAGUUUGCCACCCGGCAAAGUUAGAAGGAUAAUCAUUCCCUUCCACUAUGAUAUCUUCGCCCCUAUAUCUUACGAUAUAGUGAGCCGUUAGUUUUGUAAACAAUCACACAAUGGAUACAGUACAGAGUACUACAGUGAACACCGAAGUUUGCAAAUUACGGACAUCUUUCUAUGUCACUCUAAUUACGCCUUAAUUGGAGUAAAAGAGAAAGAUGCCCGAAUUUACGAAUUUCUCUGUGCAUGAAAAAAUAAAUUACUAAAACUGACAUUUCUACAUAUAGAUAGAAAUAUUAUUUUUGAGUGAAAAUCAAAAAAGUGCGUACCGCUUCAUUAUACCUUUGAAAUUCUGUAAAAAUCAAUUUCGCAUUAAGAAGUAAGAACAUUAAACUACUACCUACCAACCUAAAUCCACUCCAAGUUAAUUAAAUUGGAUUUAUUAACAGUUUUGAAAUUAUUUUUAACUAACAAAGAAACAAAAUAAUUAAAGAAUGACUAAUCUUUUUGCAAACUAAAACCUUUCCCAUCACUAAAACCCCUAAGUGCACUAGAGUCAGUCCGAAAAAGAUCGCGCCUGCGUAACCACGAAACGCAACGGUUAUAUUAUAAUUAUAACUUUUAAAUUUAAAUAUCGAACGGUGGAAUUCUACUAGACGCCAUUAUUGACAGAUAAUGUGUUUACAUGUGAUCGAACGUUAAUUGUGAAAGACAUUUAGACCAGGCUAUUAAUCUAAAUAGCUCGAUUUAAAAUGGUUAGGAUUUAAAACAGUGAUUAUAAGUGACAUUAAAAUAUCGACACGUUUGUCAUACUUAAAUUAUUUUAGCAAAUUAUAACUAAAACAAUUACUUUUAAUACAUUUAUUUCAUAGUUAAAGUUUAAAAACUUGUGUUUCUAAAAAUAUCGGAACGAGAAAUUUUGAGGUUGAAUUAGUUAGCGCUAAAAAUAUCUCACGAUUAUCAACUGUUAACAUUAACUCGCUAACUUCAAAUAACAGGACAAAGUGAACAGUCUCCAAAAUUUACGCAGCAGUGAUCUAUCUACGAGUCAAAACUUUUAUCAAAAAUGUGUGUUAUACUCGCAAAAGUUGGCGUCACAUUGUGAAGCAAUCUACUAAACUGGACGUGACCACAACUAUUUAUUUUCAAGUUUACAAGAACAAACAAAAAAAAAAGAAUUUUGUUUAACCGGUAAAACGACCACCCUGUCAGAAGCAUACAUAAACAAAUCCCAUAAGUGUUCCGUAAACAAAGUUUUGUACGGAAAACUAAAUAGCAGAGCUAAAGUUUCAAAAGUCAAUGUAAAGAUGGGUUGCAAGCUGGCGAAAUUAGCGUCUUCAGAGCUGAACCACGACGCGUUCGACCGGCCAGCACCUCCGUCGGACCCUAGGUGUCCCCUGACCACGAAGCAACAGUAUUGCAUGCUGGCAUCUUGGAAGGGGAUAUACAGACAGAUCGAGAAGACUGGGAUCAUAUUAUUUGUCAAACUCUUCGAAGAAAACAAGGAUCUCCUAGCCCUCUUCACAAAAUUCAGUGAGCUCCACACAGCAGAACACCAGUUCAGUUCCACAGAGCUAGCUGAACACGCUACGAAGGUCAUGCAUACCCUGGACGAGGGCAUCAAGAGUUUACGAGACGUCGAUGGCUUCCUGGCGUAUGUGCAACAUGUGGGGGCCACGCAUCAUCAGAUAGACGGGUUCGAAGCCAGCAAUUUCUGGAAAGUGGAGCAGCCGUUUCUAGAGGCGGCGAAGAUCACGCUCGGAGACCGCUACACACCCAACAUCGAGAAUAUAUACAAGUUGACCAUCCGGUUCAUACUGGAGAACCUAGUUAAAGGCUAUGAGGACGCCACCCCAGGUAGCGGUCAGAACACAAACGGGGACGGUCAGAAUGUAAACGGAAACGGUCAGAACGCGAACGGGAUGAGUCGGAACGCUGACGCCAGUUAGGGCUAAGGCUAACGGUCAGGCUAUAUAAUGUGAUAAGUUGUUUACAGCGAAUAAGGAAAAACUUCUCAAAUUUUGAUACAUAGCUUAAGAUAUUUGUAUUUUAGUGCUAUUUUUAUGGUCGUAUGUAAAAUGUCAGGGUGCCGAAAUUACUUGUAAAUCGUAAAAGUCAUAAGUAGUCUAAUGUUUUAGACAUUUAAAGGUACACGAUAACGUUGCCCAGCUAAGCUAAAAAGCAGUAUCCAUUCACGUGCUUUUGGUAACUGUAGUUACCAGCUGUCACCCUUAUUUUAUUAUAAUAAUAGAAGUCACUGAAUAAUAUCAAGCAUAAUAAAAAAUAAAUAAUAGUAUGGGUAUUUAAUGAAAAUUUAAUUCAAAGCGGUCCCUUAAACUCUUUAAUAUGAAGUUCCAUUUUCAAGUUUAUUUGUUAUUAAGAUAUCGCCUUUUAGGUUAGUAGGGCAGGCAGAACGAUAAUGCUUACGAUUUAGAUGUUAUUUACGAAAAAUGGUUUUGAUAACGCUUUGCCAAAGCUAGAGCAAUAAUUACUCGAUCCACUACAAUUAACGUUUUAUCUACGCCAUAAUUACCAAUAAACCAUUUAGCUUGCAUUUAUUGCAUUAUUAAUGUUUAUUGGCAGUAACCAAUAUUAUAUCAUUUAUUAAGUACCAUAAUAUGGUAUAUGGUGUGAUUUAUUAUACCAAAUCUUACCUACCUACUCGUAUUUUAUAAAAAUCAUACGCAGGGAUAUUAGGAGUGACUUGAAUUAGGUAAGAGGUAUUUUCUUAUACAUUAUUGCUUAUAAUAUUACGAGAUAAUAACGCAUAAAGUUCAAACGAUCUAUAAUUUUAGCAUUAAAAAGUAGUUAUUAAAUAUAAUAGUAGUUAGUAAUAUAAUAAACAAAAAAAAAGUGACCACGACAAUCGGUGGCUAGUUUUUUUAGAUCACGGGUCACAGGUGAAACGGGGUGGCCUAGGGGUUCAUGUUCGCCCGGUUGGCCAACGACGCCAGUUGGAAUCAAGCCUUCGACACUGGAGGCCUGUGGAGGGCUUCGUUACUUUUUAUUUAAGUAAGUUUGUUCAGUUCGCUACAACGUCGUUUAACCGUGUUUCUUAAACCGUUAUAUUUUCUACUAUGUCAUAUUUAUAUGUAUAGGUAUUUUUAUUUAUUUUUUGUUAGAAGCUAGGGUUCUUAAAGAACAAUAUCUUUUAUAAAAGUAGAAAACAAAAAAACAUUGUAAAAAGCAGUAACUAGGGCAGGACCCAGGCUGCCUACUGGUAAGGGCCGCAGGCUGCAGAGAAGGAACCCGCCGGCAUAUCGCGCCGUAUUUAUGAUUACUGCCUCUAAUUUGAAAUUAGUUUUAGUGUUAUAUUCAAGACAUAUGUUUUUACGAGGUUUUUUUGACUUUCCGUGAAUUUUUAUCCUAAAAAUAAUGUAGGUAAAAAGUUUUUACCUACAUUAUUUUUAGGAUAAAAAAACAUUAUUUUUAAUUUUUAGGACGGACGGACAGACGGACGGACAGCGAAGUCUCAGUAAUAGAGUCCCGUUUGACCCUUUGGGUACGGAACCCUAAAAAUGACCGCAUAGAGAUCCCGAUAAAUCAUUAUGCUUACUUCUGCCUUCUUUUUAACGCAAAAACGAAGUAAGUAUAUGCAGCGUCUCUACCAAAGAGAAUAGAUUCGAAGUGAUAUAAAUCUUUGGUCUCUACUAAAUAUGUAAAGUUAGCAACAAAAGCUUAAAAGUAGCUUAGAGAGGCAGGCUAAACUGGUAGAGUGUAAAAGUAGCUUAGGGAGGCAGGCUAAACUGGUAGAGUGUAAAAGUAGCUUAGAGAGGCAGGCUAAACUGGUAGAGUAUAAAAGUAGCUUAGAGAGGCAGGCUAAACUGGUAGAGUGUAAAAGGCAAGGCUCGGAACCGGUUUUUUCUUCAUACAAAAAAUACCGGUUUUAUUACGUUCUUUUUCGUUCUUUGGUUUAUUAUUUCAUUUUUAAUGGGACUAUCUAAUAAUGCGAAGUUGUUACCGAAAUACAUGCUCCAGUCCUACGUAGAGAGUAUAAAAUCAUUAAAAAUAUUUUGCUAUUUCGGGAUUUAAAAAUAAACCGGUUCCGAGCCCUGGUAAAAUCCCUUCUCCUCAUAGCUCAUAAUCUUAGAAAGUCCCAAAAAUAUGUAUACACUACCGUAAUACCUAUGUAGGCCAUAAAGUCGUGUAUACAUAUUUUUGGCACUUCGAUCGUGUCGAUGUUGUCAAACGUGACUGUACUUAUAAACAAUGAAAACAAUAUAGAAACAAUAAAUACAACCUACUGAAAUUAAUAAUUGAAGGAAAAAUUGAAGGGAAGCGUGGUCGUGGUAGAAGGCGCACAUCAUGGACUAAAAAUACGAUUGUAAGAGACUGGUUAAAAUUGAAAAGCAUAGAUGGACUAAUUCGCAUGACUUAACAUAGAGAGACAUGCAUGUGAAGAAGAAGUAUUUAUAAAACCACUGUUGAAACCUAUUAUAAGUAUAAAAAAAUCAAAUUAUGUUACCUUUUAAACUAAGUGCCUAAGUAUUGUCAGUACUUAAUUAUAAUAAUAAAGAAUAAAGAAUUGGU